GGGACCUACGAGUGUCAGGUCUCGAGGAAUACAGGGAUACUGUCACACUUCGUCAAUCUAAACAUAGUGAUACCAGAGGCAUUUAUAUUAGGGAGCGGUGAGCAUCAUGUCGACGUGGGGUCUAUCAUAAAUCUCGUAUGCAUAAUAGAAAAGAGCCCUACGCCGCCGCAAUACGUAUUCUGGUAUCACAAUAACCGGAUGAUAAACUACGACACUUCGCGGGGCAGCGUCACCGUACAAACCGAUCCAGGACCAACCCAGAGUCGACUGACGAUACGCCAGGCCGUGGAAUCGGACUCCGGCAAUUACACGUGUAACGCGUCCAAUACCAAGCCUGCAUCCAUCUUUGUCUUCGUUACCGAGGGUGACAAAAUGGCGGCGAUUCAGCGGCGCAAAACGUCGGCCGCAAGGAGGAUCCUGAACGAAAUGCUGCUGACGACUAUACUCGUAACCAGUCUCCUUCUGGCACGAUAAACGAUUUCACUUCGAAAUGUCUAUAAUUAUUUAAAUCCGUACGACUACUUCCAUUCGCGAUAGGUAGGUUACACCAGUCCGCGUUUUUAACGAAUAUUCAUCUUCUUUCUUAUUCCAUUCUUAUUCCAUUCUUAUUUCUUUUACUUUAACAAGUUUUCUU